AUGUUCUGGUCCCUGCUGCUGACCGUAGCCCUGGCCGGGGCGUCCUCGCCGGCUGAUGCGCAGACCUCCAGCCGCUACAUUGUCGGAUGUCCCGCUCGCUGUGACAGGACUCUGUGUCCGCGGCUCCCGGCCGACUGUGCCGAGGGUCAGACCCUCGACGCCUGCCACUGCUGCUCGGUGUGCGCGUCCGGAGAGGGCGAAGCCUGCGGCGGCACCGGGAAGCUCGGGGACCCGGUGUGCGGAGAGGGUCUGGAGUGUUCGAUCUCCGGCGGAGUGGGGUACAGUGCGACGGUGAGGAGGAGAAGCAAGAACGGGCUGUGCGUGUGCAAAGCCACGGAGCCGGUGUGCGGCAGCGACGGAGUGUCGUACCGGAACAUCUGUGAGCUGAAGAGGGUGAGCCGCAGAGCCGAGAAGCUGCAGCAGCCACCUGUGCUCUUCAUCCAGAGAGGAGCCUGUGGAAAAGCUCAGGACGACCCAGACAGCCCCAGACACAAAUACAACUUCAUCGCAGACGUGGUGGAGAAAAUUGCUCCGUCUGUAGUUCAUAUUGAACUCUACCGCAAGAUGACCUACACCAAGCGGGAGGUGGCAGUGUCCAGUGGGUCGGGGUUUGUCGUGUCCGAAGACGGACAGAUUGUGACCAACGCUCACGUUGUAGCCAAUAAACACAGAGUGAAGGUGGAGCUGAAGAGCGGCGCCAUCUACGACGCAAAAAUCAAAGACGUGGAUGAGAAGUCCGACUUAGCGCUCAUCAAGAUCGAAGUCCCGACCAAGCUUCCUGUUCUGCUCCUGGGUCACUCCUCGGACCUGCGGCCGGGGGAGUUCGUGGUGGCCAUCGGCAGCCCGUUCUCCCUGCAGAACACAGUGACCACUGGAAUAGUCAGCACCACUCAGCGAGGUGGGAGAGAGCUGGGCCUCCGCAACUCUGACAUGGACUACAUUCAGACGGAUGCCAUUAUAAAUUACGGCAACUCUGGAGGACCACUGGUCAACCUGGACGGUGAAGUUAUCGGGAUCAACACGUUGAAAGUGACAGCGGGAAUCUCCUUCGCCAUUCCUUCAGACAAAAUCCGAGAGUUCCUGGCCGAGUCCUACGACAGACAGUCUCGAGGGAGAGCAGCCGCGAAGAAGAAAUACAUCGGUGUGAGGAUGAUGACUCUCACGCCAGCGCUGGCGAAGGAGCUGAAGACUCGGCACCGUGACUUUCCCGACAUCACCUCUGGAGCCUACAUCAUGGAGGUCAUCGCAAAAACACCGGCCGCAAUUGGCGGUCUCAAAGACCACGACGUCAUCAUCUCCAUCAACAGCCAGAGGAUCUCAACAGCGACCGACGUCAGCACCGCCAUCAAGCAGGAAGGAACCCUGAGUGUGGUGGUGCGCCGCGGGAACGAGGACGUUAUCCUCACUGUUGCUCCCAUUGAGAUCGACCCUUGA